AUGGAGCUCAUCCCCGGUAAGAUACCGGGCUACGCGCUGGCUUCAACGUUCGUCGCGCUCGGUGGUAUACUGAAUGGAUUCGACACAGGCUCCGUCGGCGCAGUCACCGAAAUGCCUUCCUUCAUCCACACAUUCGGUCACCUCACGCCUACCAUGCGCGGCUUCACCGUCUCUCUGAUCAUGCUCUGCGGCGCCAUUCCAGCAAUAGUCGCCGGCCACCUCGCUGACCGCUUCGGCCGCCUCCGCAUCAUCAUCGUCGGCGCCAUUCUUUGCACAAUCGGCUGCGUGCUCGAAUGCGCUGCCUCCCAUCUCAGUCUCUUCCUCGUUGGCCGUGCAUUGAUGGGGAUCGGUCAAGGCUUCGCGCUCACCAAUAUCGGCGUCUACAUCUGUGAAAUCGCGCCGAGUCGGAGUCGGGGUAAGUUUGUGUCGUUACCGCAGUUCGGCGCUGCGCUGGGGGCCGCGCUGGCAACGAUGUGGGCUGCUGGCUCGUUCUUCUUGCCCGAGAGUCCCCGGUGGCUCAUCUUGCACGGACAAAGAAGUCGCGCGAUGCAAGAGCUCAAGAAGCUGGACUUUGAAGCCGCUGAGGCGGAGAAGGACGUCUUGCGCCCUACCGAGAAUGCAGCUCCUGGAGAGCAAGUCGGUAUACUACAGGGCCUGCGCUUGAUCUUCAAGCGCGAAUACCGAUCGCAGACAUGGCUCGCGGUGUUCAUCCUGUCGUUCGUUCAGUUGAGCGGCAUUGACGGCGUGCUCUACGUACGUUGUGCGCCCCAACGACGUGAACUUAUCUGCGCAUACUGA